UGUGGUCGAAGACCGAGGACUACAGUAUCUAUGGAGCAUGUAACUUAAAAUGGUAUAAAAAGUGAUUAUUAUUUUUUUUCUCUGUGCCAGGGGGAAAAUUUGUGGAUGGGGAAAGUUUGAGAAAGAAUUUUAGGCAAGAUUUGGUGCUCAUUUUCUCUUCCUUGUCACCCAUAGGUGGUUCAUGAGAGGCCUGAGCCGGAAGGAUGCUGAGCGCCAUUUAUUGGCUCCGGGAAAUUUUAUCGGCUCGUUCAUGAUCCGAGACAGUGAAACAAGCAAAGGAAGUUACUCCCUCUCCGUCCGAGACUUCGACUCCCAAAGCAAACUGGAUGUGGUGAAACACUACAAGAUUCGAACCCUGGACAACGGCGGCUUCUACAUCUCCACCCGGAGCAACUUCAGCACUCUGCAGAAAUUGGUCAGCCAUUAUAAAGGGAAAGCCGAUGGAUUGUGCCAGAAGCUGACCUUCCCCUGUGUCUUGCCGAAGCCCGAGAAGCCCUGGGAGAAGGACGCCUGGGAAAUCCCCAGGAACUCCCUGGAACUGGAGAAGAAAUUGGGGGCCGGGCAGUUUGGAGAAGUCUGGAUGGCCACCUAUAACGCCCACACCAAAGUGGCUGUGAAGACCAUGAAGCCGGGAACCAUGACGGUGACGGCCUUCCUUGAAGAAGCCAACAUCAUGAAGACCCUGCAGCAUGACAAGCUGGUCAGACUCCAUGCGGUGGUGACCAAGGAAGAGCCCAUUUUCAUCAUCACCGAAUUCAUGGAGAAAGGAAGCUUGCUGGAUUUCUUAAAAAGUGAGGAAGGCAAGAAACAGCCCUUCCCCAAGCUGAUCGACUUCUCUGCCCAGAUAGCUGAAGGCAUGGCCUUCAUCGAGCAGAGGAACUACAUCCACCGUGACCUCAGAGCUGCCAACAUUUUGGUCUCGGCUCUCCUGGUGUGCAAGAUUGCAGAUUUCGGCCUGGCCCGUGUGAUAGACGACAACGAAUACACCGCACGGGAAGGCGCGAAGUUCCCCAUCAAGUGGACCGCCCCCGAAGCGAUCAAUUAUGGGUCCUUCACCAUAAAGUCCGACGUGUGGUCCUUCGGGAUCUUGCUGAUGGAGAUCAUUACCUACGGGCAGACUCCGUAUCCAGGGAGGACUAAUCUGGAAGUGAUGCGUGCGCUGGAGCGUGGCUACCGGAUGCCCCGUCCCCAGGAUUGCCCGCAGGAGCUCUACGAGAUCAUGAUGAGGUGUUGGAAGCAGAAACCCGAAGAUCGCCCCACCUUUGAGUACAUCCAGAGCAUCUUGGAGGACUUUUUCACCGGCACGGAAAAGCAAUACCAACAACAGCCUUAAGAGGGACCCAGAGCCACACCGGCGUCGCCGGCACGCUGAUGCCCUGCGAGAGCCCAGGUGUUGGCAUGGAGAACCCGUGGCUUAGAGGGAAGAGGUUAUUUUUUUCCUAGGUGCCAACGUGGCUGGUUGGCAAACCCGGUUGGAUUAAGGGACUGAAUUAAGCAAACGUUUUGUCUCUUCGCUGCGAACUAAUCGGACUGAAACCGCUUCAAAGACGGAAGGCACUUUAUCUUGGCAUCUGUUGUGAAGCCACAACGUUCUGAUGGAGGUUCCUGGAGGGCUGUGUGUGUCUGUACAAUUGUGUGUGUGCAUAUGAGGGAGGGAGAGAGGGAGGAAGAGGGAGAGACAGACAGAGAGAG